AUGACUUCUGUAGCGCCCAGCAGCUCGUUCUCCCUCUCCACUCGUCUGCUCUGCUACCUGGGUCCUCCGUCCGCCCUUCUGCUCAUAGCCACCACAUCUCCAAAAACCGCCCUUCUCUCCCCUCUAAGCCUAGUCCCAACAGCCGUGUUCUACAAGAAAUGGAGAAAACGCAGCAGAGCGUCUCCCGCUCGCCACGCGGAUUUAGAACCACUCAUCUGGACCUUCACCUUGAGCGGCACCCUGGGUUUAGCCGCUGCAGCGGCUGUCCAAAUGGGAAUCUGUCAAGCCGUCAGCGCUGUCCUCUUUUCUUCUGAAGAGCUCCGCACUGAAUUCGGGGCUGAAUUUUCGCGUACGACUGUUGCUGGGUUAACAGAAGAGCAACUUCUUCGUCGUGCUGAAUUAGCUUCUUCAUGGCAGAACUGGGUUUUCAACGGCGCUUUGACGUAUCUUGCCGCUGGACUAGUCGAGGAACUCCUGAAAUACAUCCCAGUCAUCUAUGCGCGCCGAAGAGACACCAAGAAAAAGCAACGCCGCGACAGGGCGUACAUUGACUACGUCCUUGCCAGUGCAUUAGGCUUCAGUGUCGUUGAGAACAUUGGGUUCAUUUAUUCAGCCUGCGAGGGAGGCCAGGAGAGCUGGCCGAAAUUACUGCUAACAUUCGUCGAGAGAGUGGUCCUGGGCCAACUAGGGCAUCUUUCUGUGGCUUGCUUGACGGCGCUGCGGGCUACGCGGAGGGAUUAUCAUGGGGACUCUUUAGGACUGUGGGGAGUGAUUGGUCCCGCGAUAUGCUUUCAUGGGACGUAUAAUUUUGCGCUCAUGAGUGCCAGUGCUAUGGAGGGGAAUGUGGGUUGGAUUCAUCCAAACGGACUGCGGAAUUCGGUGUUAGUCCUCGGGAUGGUUUCGGGGAUGAUUGGGUUGGCUGUUCAGAAGGUGCAACAGGAGUGGAGAAAGGUGCAGAAGUAUGAGCACGAACAUUCGAAAGAUGGCGAGAGUCAGAAGUAG